AUUUAGAUCAGUCCCCAUAUUGCUAGUGUACUUUCCAAAAUGGCGCCUUGUGAGGAAAAUGUGCUUCGCAGUGCAGGAAUGCCGACUUAUUCUCCCGAAUAGUUUAUCAAAUAGGGUAAAUUACUUUGGUUAAGUCACGCUGUUGGUACCAUAGUACAGGUGUAGCGACCUUAGAUACGCUGUUGGUGAAUUGUGUGGUGUCUUAUCGGGAAAUUCCUCCAAGUUUGUUCGCCCCCCUCCCACCUUGUGAAGAAGUGAAGAGAUGACUUCCAACACGGGCGGUGCGAGUAGCCGACUGAACUAUGCCGACAAAGUGAUGUUGGCGCCGAUGGUGAGGAUAGGCACGUUACCGGCCCGCCUGCUGGCCCUGGAUUAUGGCGCUGAUGUGGUGUACUGUGAGGAACUGAUUGACCACAGUAUGCUCCAGUGUCAAAGAGUUGAGAAUGAACUCCUGGACACCAUUGACUUCAUCAAGGAGCAGGCCCACCACCCUGUCUUCAGGACAUGUGCCAAGGAGAGGGACAGGGUUGUGUUUCAGAUGGGGACAGCAGAUCCAGAGAGAGCUCUGAAAGUGGCAAAACUUGUGGAGAAUGAUGUAGCUGGGAUUGAUGUGAACAUGGGGUGUCCAAAAGAAUAUUCCACAAAGGGAGGAAUGGGAGCUGCUCUUCUCUCCAAUCCAGAGAAAAUCAAACAGAUUCUGACAACUCUGGUGAAUGGUGUGUCCAUACCUGUCACAUGCAAGAUUCGCAUCCUCCCCAAGCUGGAGGACACCCUGUCCCUGGUGCAGCUGAUAGAGAGUACAGGUGUGGCAGCUGUAGCAGUCCAUGGCAGAUACAAAGAAGAGAGGCCACGGCACCCUGUCCAUGCUGAUGUCAUCAAAGCCAUCUCUCAAGCUGUGUCUAUACCUGUCAUUGCAAAUGGUGGAUCUGGAGUCAUCAAUCGGUAUGAAGACCUCCAAAGGUUCCGUGAGGACACGGGCGCCUCGUCUGUCAUGGUGGCGCGUGCUGCUCAGUGGAACUUCUCCAUCUUCAGACCAGAAGGCAUGCUUCCUGUGGAUGAUGUCAUCAGGGACUAUCUUAGAUAUGCUGUUGACUACGACAACGUGGCCCUGAACUCCAAGUACGUCCUGCAGCAGAUCCUGCAGGCCGAGCAGCAGUCACCACGGGGACAGAAACUACUCGCCACACAGGCGCUCAGGGAGAUGUGUGCCUUGUGGGACAUGGCGGACUACUAUGAUGAAGUUCAGGUCAGAAGACAGGCUAAGCAGGAAGAGUUGGAGAGGAAGAAGGGUCUGUCUCGAUACGAGCCCAGACUGGUGGAUGGGAUCUACACCAUGCACGUAGAAUACAUCAGGAAAGAGUACCCUUCAGCAGUCAGCCCUAAGACUAUUCUGCUGAACUGGAGCAGGACAGAAUAUCUACCUCAGCCUACUUAUGAAACAGUGAAGCAAGGAUCUGAUACAAAAUUUAACUCUGUUGUCACGGUGGGGGAUAAGAGAUAUGCAUCCAGUUUUUGGCACAAGGCCAAGAAGCUUGCUGAACAGGCUGCAGCGAGCGUCUGCUUGAGAACACUUGGUCUUCACGAUGGGAAACUGCAGGCCUAUAUCACAGAAGCAAAGGAUGAUGGGAAGAGACAUGUAGAGGCUCAUGGGAAAAGCCCAUCUGUAGAAAGUCCCCAGAGGAAAAAGUGCAGGACAGAAGAGGCUGAUGUUGCAAAAAUGGAUGAUAAUGAGGAUGGAUCUGAGGGACAGAUAAGCCAAUCAAAAGUACACACAGAUGUUGAGACAAGCCAGAUGAAAGAUGUCCAACAAACUUUGAAGGCUGAUCACAGAGUCACAAAACAUGGGGAUGGUGAUGGAGUUCGUGGAGGAAAAUGCCAUGGAACAGAUAGCUAACACAGCAUGUUAUCUUUUUUUUUAAAUUUAUGCCUUGAAUUACUUUGUGUCAAACUCAGGUGCUAGUCAUUUCAUUAGAAGUGUUUGAAAGUGUUUAAUUAUUUAACAGCUUGAGUUAAGUAUAUGUUAGCUUGAAGAAUAAACAUGUUGCAACACUUGAGUUUUAUUACAUCUCCAGACAUUUUUUCUACAUGCUAGAAGUUAUAUACAUGUACAUUGUGCCUAUAACCAUCAAGCUUUAAUUCAUGUUGUUAUUUAGAUCAUUAAGAACAUUAGACUUAAGUACUUUGAUUUUGUAUUUUAUUCUAUUAUUCACAUUCUAAGAAAUUGAGAUAUUGUGUCAAAUAAACCAGUACAUGCACAGCAUCCCA